CCCUCCACCUACUGGCUGUCCUGCAGAAGGAUUUUCACGAAAACAUCAACCGUGGAAAGCGUUUCCCAGCGAGUUACAUGGGUGUUACGGCGUACGGAACCUAAGCGCCAUGGACCCGACGGCGUGACUACCGACUCGAUGGCGUUUCUAAAGUUGGAUACUGUGAUUGGUCCCGAAGAAUAACAUCACAAGUGUGAAACUGACUGAACGGCAAUGAAUUCUAUAUUACUUGUUUGACAGAGAGCGAGCGAGAGGCGAAAGUGAACUCGCUCCCUUGGUAACGUUAGUGCCGUUUUCUCUGAUGGAGGCUGGGCUGGUGACGGGACCGUUGCAGUGAGCUCGAGGCCGGAAUGUCACCUGUGAAACGUCGUAGCGUCAUAAUCCUGGUGGAAAACGUAAACAAGAAAAAAAGGAAAAACGGGACUGUUCAGUAGUCUGCGCUGACGUCGGUUUAUUUGACAACUUCUCAGUGAAGAUAACACUCAAGUGGAUUCAUUUUUUUUUUUUUUAAAGUUAGCAGACCAGCGGUAACUGAAUAGUGGGAGGCAACCCGCUCACGCAAGAUGACUAUCAUUGGCAUGACUUAACGUUAACUUUAGGUUUUCUGCCGCCGAGGUUCCGGGUUAACAGCCUUGGCAGGUGGACAAAGUGCUGUUAUUACUCGACAGUUUGCUUUAUUUUGGAUGGGUUUUGCUCUAGAAAGUUAUUUUCUCAUUUUAUUUCGGCGUCAGCAAAUUGACUCCAACCUAUCCGAAGGGAGGAAUUGAGCAGUCUGCUCUGUUCGAUCUGUGUUUUUCUGUCUUAACAAGACUUUGAGGUAUUUUGAUCAAGUGGCGUCAUAUGAAUUAAUAAAUCAAUCAUGUCCUCUAAAGACAACCCCUGUCGGAAAUUUCAAGCUAAUAUUUUCAAUAAAAGUAAAUGUCAGAACUGCUUCAAACCCAGAGAAUCCCAUUUGCUGAACGACGAGGAUUUAAAUCAGGCAAAACCUAUAUAUGGAGGAUGGUUGUUACUGGCACCUGAGGGAACAAAUUUUGACAAUCCCUUACACAGAUCUCGGAAGUGGCAGAGGAGGUUCUUCAUCCUUUAUGAGCAUGGCUUACUUCGCUAUGCUCUGGACGAGAUGCCUAGCACUCUGCCUCAGGGCACCAUCAACAUGAACCAGUGUUCCGAUGUGAUUGAUGGAGAGUCCAGGACAGGCCAGAAGAACUCGCUGUGCAUCCUUACACCUGACAAAGAGCACUUCAUACGGGCUGAGUGUAAAGAAAUCAUCAAUGGGUGGCAGGAAGCUCUGACUGUCUACCCUAGGACCAACAAGCAGAACCAGAAGAAAAAACGCAAGGUUGAGCCACCCACUCACCAGGGUGGAGUAACUCCAAGCCGUUGCUUUUCCACCGGAGACAUGAAUGGACACCCAGAGCCUGGCCCUGCCAAGGUGACAGUGACCAGCAGCGGAGGCAGCAUCCCCUGCCUGCCCAGCAGUAUUGCCAGUGCUGAGCGUGUCCCGGCCAGCCGUGCCAGCCUGUGGCAGGAGGAGGGCCGCUGGAGCAGAGCCACCAUCCCCUGCAGCCGCAGCGCGUCCUGUAUCAGCCAGCUGGCACAGAGCCACCCAGGCUCUGGUGUCACCUCUCAAGACGAUGGCAGCACCAUGAGCAGUGGACGCAAAGUACGAGUGGAGAGCGGUUACUUUUCUCUGGAGAAGACCAAGUCGGAGCCCUCAGCACAGCCAGCACAACCUUCCCAGCCACCCCAACAUCUGCCCCUGUCCUCUUCAGCAUCUUCCUCUUCCCUCGGAGCCCCCCACAGGUACAACGCUGAAUCAGACCCCCACACCUCUCCUUAUUACCCUUCCCCAGACUCCCUUCCUUCCCCAGGCGCCCUCCUCUCUCCCAGCUACUCCACCAUCAGCUCCUCCCAAAGCUCACUGGACUCUGAACCCAGCAGUAGUGCACCCAGCUGGGACGGGCGCAGUGUUGGGGGAGGGAGUGUUAGUAGUGUCGGUGGAGGAGGAGGAAGAGUGGGCCGGUCUGGCAGGGAGUACGCAGCACUAUCGGAUGUGCCACGGGCUCGCAGGCUGAGCUACCGCGAAGCGUUCCGCUCAGAGAAAAAGCGUCAAGAGCUGCGGGCGCGGACACGGAGUCCCGGCAGAGAAGAGGUGGCCCGGCUGUUUGGGGAGGAGCGCAGGCGUUCUCAAGUCAUAGAGCGAUUUGAAGAUGGUCAGCAUGUAGAGCGUAUGGACACAAGCAGCUCCACUGAGCCCUCUGCUAAUACUGUGCUAAUCCAGAGACAAGGCCGCAGUGAGAGACGUUAUCUGGCUAAUAAACAGGACUUGUCUUUGGAUGCUGGGAAGGAGCGUUCAGCCCCAGAUGUGUCCAUAUCAACAUUUUCCAACUUAAGAAGAGCCAAGUCACUGGACCGUAGAGUCACUGAGUCCUCCAUGACUCCAGAUCUGCUGAACUUCAAAAAAGGAUGGAUGACCAAACUAUAUGAAGAUGGGAUGUGGAAGAAACACUGGUUUGUUCUUACAGACCAGAGUCUGAAGUACUACAAGGACUCAAUAGCUGAGGAGGCUUCAGACCCUGAUGGUGAGAUUGACCUUUCCACUUGUUAUGAUGUGACCGAGUUCCCUGUCCAGAGGAACUAUGGCUUCCAAAUCCUAUGUAAGGAGGGGGCAUGCACGCUGUCGGCCAUGACCUCUGGAAUCCGUCGCAACUGGAUUCAGGCCAUCAUGAAGAAUGUUCGGCCUACCAUUGCUCCUGAUGUCACCCGGAAAAACAUCUCUCUGAAACUGUCCGUUCUGAAGCCCAGGUCCCUUCCUGAGGAGAAGGUAAAAGCGCAGGUUGUGUUGGAGCCAUGUACACAGCCCUCCCCUGAGCCCAGCCCCACUCUUGAGGCCCCCAGGGUGGAUAUCCACAUACAGUCAGGUGGUAACAGCGUCUCUGUCCCUGCGUCUGAGCUACGCAAAAGCCGGGUCCGUGAGCGCAGACGAGAGGGCCGCUCCAAAACCUAUGACUGGUCUGAAUUCAAAGGGGGACAGACAGAAAAACCCAUGAGGAAUAGAGCGGAGACAGUUGACCUCAGCUCUCCUUCAUCAUCCUCUACAGCCUCCUCCUCUUGCUCUUCCUCCUCCUCCCCUUCGUCCCCAGGAUCCUAUCCUCUAUCUACCGCUUCUUCUCCACAAACCUCCUCUGUCUCAAGUUCUCAGCCCCCUUCUGUGGCAACUACGGAGGAGGCAGACAAAGAGCGAGCACGCUGGCAUGAGGAGAGGAAGGGUAUCCUUCAACACACCGCAACUAGUGCACCCCACACGCCAAACACUGUUACCAUGGUUACCACAUUAAACACUACAUCAGGGGUGCAUCCAUGGAUUCCUGAGCGUCAAGACCAAGGGAAAAUGGAAGUUGACCACCCAUCAGCCAUGAACAGUGACGCCAGUGAAGAGAAAAUUGGGCAGAGGGGUAGCAGAACCACAGAUGUCCAGAUUGAGAUUGAGCACCGCUGGCAUCAGGUGGAGACCACACCAUUAAGAGAAGAGAAGCAAGUGCCCAUCACCUCAGCCAUAGGAAACUCUGUUACCUCUGACAGAUUGCCUCCACAUGAGCUUGCUGCCCUGCUAGACAAAGAGCUUGGACAGAAGCAAAAGGAGCUGGACCGACUGCAGGAGCAGAACAACCUUUUACAGGAGCAACUGGAAGAUGCACGAGGGAGAGAACAAAGUGCCAGAGAGGGCUAUGUACUGCAGAGUGCACCCUCCUCCACACCCCCCUCCACCUCACCGCACAGAGUACCAUGGCAACGCUUGCACAAGCUCAACCAAGAUUUGCAGGGUGAGUUGGAGGCCCAGAAGCACAAGCAGGACCUUGCUCAGCAGCAGGUUAAAACACUAAAGAGAAGCUACACUGAAGCCCAGGAUGCUGUGCGCCACCAUGAGGCUGACAUCCAGGCUCUGCAAUCCAAGCUGGCCUCUGCAAUGGCUGAAAUCGUAGCUAGUGAGCGUGCUGUGGCCCGUAUGCGUAAUGAACUCAAGCUUGAGCAAGAACGUUCCAGGGAACAGGAAGAGGAUUGGGGACACAGUGAGGCCACCCUACGAGCCCAGCUAAGGGACAGUGAAGACAGACUCCGUGAAGUAGAGGCCAGCCUCUUGGAGAGGAACCAGGCCCUCAGGCACCUGGAGCAUCAGCAAGCCCUGCAGAGGGACCACCUGAGGGAGGUACAGAGGCUCCAAGAGAGGCUACAGGAGGUGACUGCCAGACUAACUGCUACUGAGGAGGGUCAAGCACUGAAGGAGGAGCGCCUGAGGAACGAGCAGCAUAGCAUGCAAGAGAGUCAUGAGAGAGAAAGACAAACCCUAAGUAGAAGAUUAGCUGAGGCUAUAACUGCACGGAAAGAGAUGGAAGACAAGCUGCUAGAGGCUGAGCAGCAGGUAGAAGCCCUGUUAAGAGGGAGGCAGGCUUCAGGAGGAAAAGAGGAUAGAGUAGAAGUGCUGAAGCUGCAAGAAGAGCUGGCCCAGAAAACUGAUAUGGUUGAGACACUGCGAGAGAGUGUCCGUAGGCUAGAGGAAGAGAAGGGCCAACUUACAUGCCACUGUCAGGAACUUCUCAACCAGAUAGCAGAGGCAGACCGCGAGGUGAACAAGCUUCGCAGUCGUCUGGAAACAGAGGAGGCUGAUUAUUACACCCUGGAGCACUCUUAUGAGAGGGCAUCUGAAGAGUUUCAGAAGAUGAGCCAGUUCCUCAAAGAAAAAGAAGAAGAGAUCCGCCAGACUAAGGAGAUGUAUGAGAGGCUGGUGGAACGCAAGGAGGAGGAUCUGAAAGAGGCCCUUGUUAAGAUGACUGCACUUGGCAAUAGCCUGGAGGAGACUGAGCAGAAGUUGCAAGCCAAGGAAGAGCUUCUCUGUCAGAUGAGUCAUAGUGUCUUAGAUAAAGUGGAGCCCUGCAGUGCUGAGAGAGAUCUGCAAGCUAAGCUUGUGGUUGCAGAGGACCGCAUUGCAGAGCUAGAGCAGCAUCUCAAUGCCCUGCAUCUGGGCUAUGCUGGCCUCUGCAUGGAAAGGCAGCAAAUGCCAGAACGUCACAGAAAGGAAAGGGUUAAUACCUCAAACUCCUUACCAACAAACACAGAACUGUCACUUGCAUUUGACACUAGAUCCAAAACAAAUACCUCCUCAGAUGGUAAGGAGUCUCAAGCUAAGAGGCCACGGAUACGUUUUUCCAGCAUUCAGUGCCAAAAAUACAUCAGUUUAGAGGGCCUGGACACCAGUAAUGUAAGCAGCACCUUUAAAGACAGUCAAAGUCAAAAACUUAGUCAAGAUGUGAGCCAAGACAUUCAUUCAACUGAAGAAAGCAGCACUUCUGAUAUCACAUUCCAUUACGCUAGUGACCCAGAGAAAUUUAUCUCCAUCAUACAUGCCCUAGAAACUAAACUACUGGCCACUGAGGAUAAGCUAAGAACCCUGACACAGAACCUAAAGGAGCAAAAAGGUGGCAAAGCAGAAGACCUACCCAAGUCUGAUCUAAAAGAGACUGAUAAUAAACCCCACCAAGAGAAAGAACCUAGUUUUGGAACUGGGUGUCAGAUUAAUGCUGCCAGUAUUGAAUAUGCCAAGGCCCUAGAGUGUGUGGAAACUAGUCGAGAGAAAGUCAGGGCUAUUCUCAGUGGCUCUCAUGGGACCACUGAUUUACAGCUGCACUCCUUGUCAGAGAUAGAGAAUGAGUUGUUCAAUGCAACACUGUACAUCAAACAAGGGGAAAAAACCUUGGAAGAGAACUCACUACAGGUCCAACAAAAUCAAACCCAAGAGACUCUCAACAGCAGGGAAUUAGACGAAGAUACAAUGCACCUCUUUGCUAAAACCCUGUCUUUUGAGGCAGUUGUUUUAAACAAGAUGGCUUUGUUAAUACAGAAUUCAGAGUCUGACCUCCUACAAGGUCUUGCUAAGAUACAGGAAGACAUCAAGAGUAUUAAAAGAGAUGAAGAGGAUUACUUGGCUAUAGUUUAUGCUGAUGUCUUGACAAGGAAAUUAAUGUUGGAGAGUGCAUUCUGGAAAGAACUGGAGAAAAUAGAAACACAAUUUGAACAUUCAGAUGUUGCUAAAUCAAGAGAGGGCAAAGUUUCAAGUGGUACAGAUAUUGAUGCCACAGUUAUCUUAAACACAUUCUUUAAAGCCGAACUAGCUUACUCUUUCCAAAAUCUCAAGCAUUUCUAUGAGGAAAAAUUUAGAACACUUAAAAGGGAGCUGACAGAAGCCCAUAAUAAUUUACAGAAAAGGGAGUUGGCAUUGAAAGCAAUUUUUGAAGCUUUAAAAAGACCUGAUUUGAAAAAUGUAGUCAAAGAAGUCAAAAAUAACUUUGGUUUUAGUCAGCAAAGGCUAGCUGAUAUCCGUCCUCCUGAACUUGCUCCCUAUAUGGAGCAGAUUGAAAUGGAAGAGGCCAGAGACCUGGCAGAGGAAGUUAUUGAUAGGCAACUGGCUGGAGACAUGCCGUCUUGCAGUGUUGACACAAUUGAGUCACUGCAAAAUGCACAAGACAGUCUGGCUCAUGAGCUUCAAAGACAGGCAUCAAUCCUUCAUAGAUAUGCUCAAGAGAUAGAGAGUGGUGGCAGCCAUCCAGAAGUGGCCAGUAUGAUUCGUGCUCUUGCCGGGCACCAGGCUACACAUAAUUUCACAAGUAGCUCCCUAUGUAUGCGUGAAGCCCUUAUCCAGGCUCAAGUGGCUUAUGUUGCCUGCAGGUUACGAGCCAUCCAUGAACGGGACUUGGGCCAGUGUCAGCAGGCAGGUCAGCACAUGGAUGCUCUUGUCAAAGAACAUGCCCACAAUGUCAGUGCCAUCCAAGAGAAAUAUGAAGCAUCCUUGCAGGAGGAGCGCUUGAGCUUCACGCAAACAGUAGAUAUUUUACAGAAGGAGAACCACACACUGAAGAACGAAAUCAGCAAACGUGUGAACCAGCUCUCCCAGCAGCAAGAGCAACUGAGCCACCUGGAGAAGCAUUUCCAAAAGGAGACCGAAGAGCUGAGACAGAAGCACAAGCAGGAGUUAAGCCAAGCAGAGCAAGGCCGUGCCUCCACAGAGCUGGUCCUCAUGGAGACCACAGCUGACAGCCAACGAAAGUUAGAGGUUCUGCUGCUGGACAUGGACACCAUGGAGGAACGGCAUGAGGGUCAUGUGAGGAAACUACAGGAGCAGUUCCAAGAGAGGAUCAGUGAACUGCAGCAUAUACACAAGGAGGAGAUUCAGAAGUUGCAUGCCCAGUAUAUGGACACCAUUCGCUGUAUCCAAGAGCACCAACAGGGCACGGAAGUCCCAGAGAUCUCUUUCUCACUGCAGCAUGAUGAAGCCACAGCACCAAUGGAGGAGGAGGAGCAGGGGAAGGGAGAGGAGGAGCAUACCAUGUGUGAGGUAGACCCCAUGGUGGUUCUCAAGGACAGGAUCCAGGAGCUGGAGACCCAGAUGAACACCAUGAGGGAUGAACUGGAGAACAAGCACCUAGAAGGAGAUGUGGCCAGCCUAAGAGAGAAAUACCAGAGAGACUUUGAAAGUCUUAAGGCCACAUGUGAACGUGGCUUUGCAGCAAUGGAGGAAACACACCAGAAGGUGAUAGAGGACCUCCAGAGGCAGCACCAGAGGGAGGUCUCUAAACUCAUGGAAGAAAGAGAGAGACUAUUGGCUGAGGAAACUGCCGCCACAAUUGCUGCUAUUGAAGCUAUGAAGAAUGCACACAAGGAAGAACUGGAGAAGACCCAGCGCUCCCAAUUGAGUGGACUGAACUCUGACAUUGAUGAGCUUCGCUUGCAAUAUGAGGAGGAGCUGCAGUCCGUUCAGAGGGAACUGGAGGUUUUGUCAGAACAGUACUCCCAGAAAUGCCUGGAGAACGCUCACCUGGCCCAGGCACUGGAGGCCGAGAGGCAGGCCCUCAGGCAGUGUCAAAGAGAGAACCAGGAGCUCAACGCCCACAACCAGGAAUUAAAUAACCGUCUGACUGCAGAGAUCACUAGAAUGCGCUCCUGCUUCAGUGGUGAAACUGCAAUGUCGCCUCUUACCCAGGGCAAGGAUGUUUAUGAGCUGGAGGUAUUACUACGGAUUAAGGAAUCAGAGAUACAAUAUCUUAAACAAGAAAUCCACUCUUUGAAAGAUGAACUGCAGUCUGCAUUAAGGGACAAGAAAUAUGCCACAGACAAGUAUAAGGACAUCUACACAGAGCUGAGCAUUGUGAAAGCAAAGGCUGACUGCGACAUCAGCAAGCUGAAGGAGAAACUGCUCGUUGCCACAGAAGCUCUUGGCGAGAGGACUGUGGAUGGAGCAGUCACACCUGGAUAUGAUAUCAUGAAGUCAAAGAGUAAUCCAGACUUCAUGAAAAAAGAGCGAUCAGCAAAUGCCAAGCAAACCAGAGGUGUAAGGUCAAAGAGCCUUAAAGAGGGACUCUCUGUACAGGAGCGCAUGAAGCUAUUUGAGGCAAAGGAUUCCCGAAAGAUAUGAAUACUGGGGUUCUGAAGUUUCCUGUCUCGUAACUAGCCUUGGUUUUUGGCCAGAUUAAGGCCGUGCAACUAUAGGAGAGGACUCGUACGUUAAUGGACACAAUCUUUCAGUAUCAUUUCUAAACCUGGACUGGCUGCUUCCCCAUCUGUAAUGAAACGUUGCCACUUUUUGUUUUAUUUUUAUUCUGGGAAAAAAAGCUCUUUUUGUUUACAUAACUGAAUCAAUCCUGUGUAAGUUUUCUUUAGUAAAAACCUUGCUAUGGAAUCUGUCCAAGCUGAAGAAGUGUCAAGCUUAAGCUGUGUUACCUUUGAGAGGGAAAAGUGACAGCAUUUUAUUUUUUUAUUGAUCCACCAAAAUGCCGAAACAGACAGCAAUACACAGUAUGAAUAAUAUAUAUUUCCCAAUAUGAAUUAAGUAAAUAUCUGCUGUAUUUUAUUGUUUUGGUUAUUUCUAUAUCUAAUAAUUUUUAUGUGUUCUGUGUUGCACCAGUUGUGUUGUACAUAACUACUGGAAAAGUGGAAGAUUAUGGUUUGCCAUUGAAUGUUGGGGCAUCUGCUGUACUAUAUCUAUGGUUUGAUUGAUAGUGAAAAAUGUGAUGCCUAGCUUGCUGAUGUAUGAGUGAUAUGAGUGAAUAUUAUGAGUGUUUGUGUGAAGGGGUGUACGGGGGGUUGCACUUACCACUUGACUACUUGAGGAAGAUGUUUCUUUUAUUUGUCUCAGAUUGGUGUAGUGACUUCAACUAUUAUUGCAGUGUAACCAAACAUGAUGACCUUUGUCAAAUAUGGUAAACAACAGUGACUUGUUAGUGAUGAUGAAGUUUUUUUUAUCUCUUACAACAUGAAUUUGAGUUUGCUCAGCUUUGAGUUUAGUGUGAUAAUUUCAUCUCAAAAAACAUGACACUAUUUAGGACUUUGCAUGACUAUAUGGUAAUUUGAAUUGCUGAUAUGAUCACUUUGCCUCAUUUUCCGCUUUUUGCUUUAGUGUGGAACUCUUGACAUUAAUAAGCUUUGCUUUGCAAGUCCUACUGUUUAGAUGUUGAGAUUGAAAUGUUUUACUGUAAAUGGCAGUCUUGAAGCACUUGGCCCAAUCCCUGACCUCUCACUGAAAUGUCUUUGUCUUUUAAAUAGUCUUUGUGCCUCAACUGAGUGAAGAAUAUACACAUCAAUGAAACCUGUGCAGCUAUGGAUACACACUGUAUAGUAUUCAAAUCACGCCUUGUAUAUAUAUAUAUGCCACACGGAAAACCUCUGUGUUUUGUACCUUGUACUUGUACCUUGCUUACUAGCUCUAUAUGAAAUAUAUAUAUGAAUAUUUUUUAUUUUCAUUUGAAUGUAUAACGUCAAAUAAAUGAAGUGUUUCGGAAUCUUGACAUAAUUUUGUAUCUAACUAGAUAAUUACUGUGUAAGGAAACUCAGAUGUCUUGAAAUGAUUGAACCUCCCCACCCCCCACGCUGCAUUGGAACGUGGUUAAUUAUGAAAGAACUUGCAUAAUAACAUGACAUUUUAUUAUCAGCAGACAUCAGCAUGGAUGACCAAAUAGUAUUUCUGAACUAAACGUUGAAAUUUUAUUUUACACAUUCAGAUCACUUCUAAGAUUCAUAUCACACAUAAUCUAACUCUUUAAUACUGGCACUAACAGGCAUGACCAGUAGAUGGAGACAUAAAACUUUGUUCUCAGUUGAUUUAAAAAAAAAAA